ACACCAGGCCCAUGGCGGAGGCCGCGGCGGGGGGCUCGGAGGAGCCGGAGCUGCUGGCGGAAGACGGCGCGGGCCCAAAGUCCUCGGAGGGCCCCGAAGUGGACGAGGACGAAGGUUUUGGCGACUGGUCCCAAAAGCCGGCACCGUGGCAGCCACGCCGGGGCGCCGAGGGGACCGUGGAUGGCGGCGCAGAGCCCCCGCGGAGCAAGAGCCCAGAGGGGGCGCCGGCGGAGGCCGGGCAAGCGCGGCCCGGCCAGCACGCCUGGGAACGCACGGGCAGCCACGGGCCGUCCCGACCCCACGUCCACCCGGAGGACCUGCACCUGAGCCAGGAGGGGCCAGACCCAGUGGAGCACUGGGCAGGUGGAGGGUGCGGGACCCCCAGCCCUCUGCUCCGGGGGGGGACCACAGAGCCCGGCUCACCUCCCACGAGCCCCUCCAUCAAACUGGCCGACCGGACGGAGUCCCCGAACCGCUCCGUCGAGAAGAGCGACCGCGUGAAGAGGUCCCCGCCCGCCCCGCCGGUCUCCGCCAUUGACGCGCGCCUGCAGCGGUACGCCCAGGCGGCCGAGGCUGCGGGCCGGGCCCUGAGGCCGUCCCGCCAGACCUCCAUAGACCUGCCCGGCACGGCCGUGGCCAGCGCCAGGAGCCUGUGGGAGACGGGAGAGGGGCACACGCCUCCUGCUCCCAAGACGCCCCCCUGCAAGGACAUUGUGGCUGGAGACAUGAGCAAGAGAAGCCUCUGGGAGGGGAGCGGAGGCGGCAAGACCUCCUCCACCAUCAAGAGCACGCCGGCCGGGCGGAGGUACAGGUUUGUGGCCGCGGGACACGGCAAGUACGAGAAGGUGUUUGUGGACGAGGACUCGGCGCCCUAGGC